AUGUGUUACCGGGAAUGGGAGAAAGUGUGGAAUUAAUGUUUCGUGCCAUGCGCCUGAAUGUUCAGACGAUGCUCUCUUCACAUCUUCUCUGGACAGAAUGACGCCUCAUCCAAGUAGUGCGCCGUCUGCAUCGAGACCUCCAAGACCACGUUCCCCUCAUUUCCCGCCUCAUAAUGCGCCCCGUGUAUGGUUCAUCACUUCCGGUACAUCUCCGAUAUCCAUUGCUCUUGCAAAGCACGUUUUAGAUCAUGGCGAUUAUGUUGUUGCGGGUGUAUUACCCAUUGACUUUGAGAAAAGAGAAGGCCAGAGUGAGGAUUUUCGCACAUUUCUUGAAGAAGUAAAGAAGACGGAGAGAUGGAGAGAACGAUUGAGGGUUGUAGGCUUAGACGGAAGAAUCGUGGGGCAAUGUCAAGCAGCCAUAGCAGAGGCUGUAGAAGCUUUCGGACGAAUCGAUGUGCUACUGGGAUGCACCAGUGAAGCUGUCAUUGGUGCGGUGGAGGAGUUGGCCCAGAGCAACCGGACGAUCAGUCUAGUCCAAGACACCUUUGAAACAAAUUUCUUCGCCAAUGUCAACAUCAUCAAGGCCGUACUUCCCAUUAUGCGUCAGCGAAACAAUGGACAUAUCAUCAUGCUGACCGGUAUAACUGGUCAUCUGGGAACCCCAGGCUUAGGUUUAUACUGUUCGUCUCAGUGGGCUAUCGAAGGAUACUGUGACAGCAUCGCCUACGAAAUUGCCCCCUUCAACGUGAAGAUGUCCAUCGUUCAAGCCAACAUGGAAGUCAAUGUUCUGACCAAUCGCAUGACGUCCGUUCCCCCUCUUCCAGAAUACUCCCAAGCCGAGAACCCGGCGCCUCUUGCUCGAGAGAUAUUCUCCGGACUCCUCGACAAAAUCGAUCGACUCAAUAAUCCUUCGGCAUUCCCUGACGAAAGAUCACCAGAAGAUAGCACUUCAGUCACGAGCCCGGACACAACAAUGGACGAGUUAUUUACCGGAGACUUACUCAGUUCUGACACAGUCACUUCGUUGUAUGCUCCUUUGCCGCAUUCGCUAAAGUCGUCGCUCAUUGCGGAGACUGUGCAUGCGCUUACUGCUAUUGGCGGGCAUGACAAUCCUCCGGCCCGACAUAUAGUCGGAUUUGAAGGCGUAAUUGCUGUGAAGGAGAAGCUGAAGACUACGAGUGAGGAAUUGGAGGAUUUUAUCGAAGUCAGCAAUGCAGUAGAUAUUGCACGAGAUGGUGACCAAGUUAUGUCGAUCAGUAUGGAUUAAGAACACUCUAUCCAAUCCACGUUGUAAAUCACAAACAAUACAAAUUAAUCGUCAACCUUUG